UCCCCCCACCCCACCCCUCCCUCUCCCUCACUCUCACUGUCACAGCCUCACACUCUCCCACUUUGACUUUGACUCCCCCACCCCACCCUCGCUCUCCCCCCCUGCGCUCUGCGCUAAACCCUGCUCUAAUAAACCCUCGGUAGGGCGGGGUAGGCUCCGAUGGGGAACUGCGCCGCCUCCCGGCUCGCCGGCGGCGGCGGCGGCGUGGGCGCGGGCGGCGACCCCGUGGCGGUGUGCCGCGACCGGAAGCGCCUCAUCAAGGCGGCCGCCGACCGGAGGUUCGCGCUGGCCGCGGCGCACGCCGGCUACGCGGCCGCCCUGCGCGCCGUCGCCGACGCGCUCGACGUCUUUGUCGCGCGCCACACCGCGCCGGCGCCGAUACUCAUCACGCUCCCCACUCCCACCGCCUCGCCCCCCGGGUCGCCCAAGCCGGCGCAGGCGCUGAUGCCCUCGGCCCCCUCGCCCACGCCCUCGCCCCCGCCGCCGCAGCGGCAGACGGAGGCGCCGCCGCCCGAGGAGGAGCAGGAGGACUGCGGCGCGCGCACGCCGGAAAUGGGGACGCCCGAGAUGGGCCGCCCGUACUACUACACGCCCCCGGCGACGCCGCCCCCGCCGCCCCCCGCGGCGUCGGCGGUCGGCGGGUGGGACUUCUUCAACCCGUUCUACGGGACGGAGGAGGUGGCGGCCGCAGCCGCGGCCAUCAGCGACGAGGAGAUGCGCGCCGUCAGGGAGCGGGAGGGGAUCCCAGACCUGGAGGAGGCGGAAGAGGAAGACGAGGACGAGGACGAGAACGAGGGGGAGGGGGAGAAGGCGGCGGCGGCGGCGGCUAAAAACCCUAAAGCAGAUUCUUCGCUUGGAGUGGCCAAGCAGGAAGGGGCGAAAGAGGUGGGCGAGGUGACGACGGGUAACAACGGCGGCGGGCUGGAGGUCGGCAUGGUGCAGCCGGGCCGCGAGCUCCUGGCGGCGCUGAAGGAGGUGGAGGAGCUCCUGUCCCGCGCCGCGGAGGCCGGGAAGGAGGUCUCCGGCAUGCUCGAGGCCGCCGCCCGUGCCCCCGAGCUCAAAGAGAGCCCGUCGAAGAUAAUUCAUGCCAUUGCGUGGCACCGGUCUCCCUCGUCUGUGUCAUCUUCAUCCUAUAGGAGCGAGCUGGGAGCAAGCUCGAACAGCUUGUCGUGGACAGAGAAGAGUGAGACUAAUAAGAGCGACAUAUUCGAUGACUAUGGUGGGAUGAAGUCAGGAAGUCACUCGCAGACAUUAGGGAGAUUGUAUGCCUGGGAGAAGAAACUGUAUGAAGAAGUUAAGGCCAUAGAUCAAAUUCGACAAACAUACGAGAAGAAAUGUGUCCAGCUGAGGAACCAAGAUGCCAAAGGUUCAGAGCUGCGCUGUGCUGAAAAGACUCGGACAAAUGUGAGAGACUUGUACACAAGGAUCUGGGUUUCUCUACGAGCAGCAGAAUCGAUAUCAGAUAGAAUACAAAAAUUACGGGACGAGGAACUGCAACCGCAGCUUGUUGAGCUGUUGCACGGCUUUGCGAGAACUUGGAAAGUGAUGGUGGAGUCUCAUGAAGCACAGCGACAGAUAAUGUUUGAGGUGAAUUCCUUCACCUGCCCUGCUUAUGGGAAAUUCUGCAACGAUGCCCAGCGGCAUGCCACUCUCAGGCUGGAGGUUGAACUGAGGAAUUGGAGGUCCUGCUUUGUGAGCUAUGUUAGUGCUCAGAAAGCAUACAUUGAAGCCCUUGACGGCUGGCUGUCCAAGUUCAUCGUGACGGACACCAUCCGUUACUCCCGAGGGAUCUCUUCGAUCGCGCCUGACAGGGCCGGCGCGCCGCCCCUGGUCGUGAUCUGCCACGAGUGGCACACCACGCUGUCGAGGUUCCCGUACAAGCGGGUGCCCUUCACCAUGCGUAACUUCAACCGGAGCGUGAGGGUGCUGUGGCUGAAGCAAGGGGAGGAGCAGCAGCAGAAGCGGAAGGUGGACGGCCUGGCCAAGGAGCUGGACAAGAAGGCGACGGCGUACAAGCGUGCGGAGAACAAGGUGAUCGAGACGAAGCUGCUGGAGCACCGGCCGGAGCAGGACGCGAGGCAGCGGAUGGAGCAGCUGUCGGAGCGCAAGGAGGCGCUGAGCGCGCUGCGGCGGCGGGUGGAGGCGGAGAAGGCGCGGCACCACCACUGCAUGCGCGACACCCACGACGUCACCCUCAACGGCUUCAAGAUCGGCCUCGCGAGCAUGUUCGAGGCCCUCGCCGAGUUCUCCCGGGACUCCGUCGCGCUCUACGAGGACCUCCUGGCGCGCGCCGGCCCCAAGGAGGGCCCCGAGAAGGCUGCCUCCGUCGCCGCCAUCGAGCAGCAGCAGCCGCCGCGUCCGGCGGCGGUUGAGGCGACAUGACAUGACAUGGCCGUCGGUAUCAAGUUCAGUGACCAGUGUUCUCCGUUUCAGUUAGGACAUUGAGUGAGUUGUGUUUGCACCUUCUUGCAUUGCCCCAGGGUUUUGGACCCCUAGAAUGUUUCUCUGAUGCUGAUUAAAAUUAGGGUGUAGAGUAGCGGCGCCAUGUGUGUAUGGUGGGUUGGCUUGGCUUGGCUGGUCGUCGUUGUUGAGGGGUGGUAGGGUCGCCAUUCUUGUGGGCAUCUGUUGCUUGUAAUUAUUCUGUUAGCCUGAUAUGAAUCAAGUGAGGAUUCGCUCU